CCUGCGAUUCUCAUGUCCAUCGCCUCCUUCUUCAAGCGCGCCGAGUCGAGCGGCUCCAAGCGGCCGCGCGAGGAGGACGACGCCGCUCCCGCCGCUCCCAAGCCGCACGUCCGCACGCUCGCCGCGUGGAACGCCAACUCGCUCAUCCAGCGCAUCCAGUGCAAUCGCCCGGACCUCGAUCGCUUCCUUCGCGAGCACUCGCCGGACGUCGUCUUCAUCAGCGAGGUUCGCUCGCCGGCGCUCGGCCCGGCCGGCUGCAAGAAGGGCGACGGCCAGCGCCGGCAGCAGGACAAGCUCUCGCGGGCGUCGCACUCGCUCGCGAGCGAGGCGGACGCCAUCGCACGCUUUGUGCGCGAGCACGGCUACCGCGCGUACUGGAGCCUCGCCGAGUACAAGUACGCGGGCACCGGCCUCCUCGUCAAGGCGGCCUGCGAACAGCCGCACGCGUUGCGGCACUCGCUCGACCCCGACGCGGCCGCCGCCACGCACCAGACGGAGGGGCGCGUGAUCCUCGCCUCGUUCGAGCGCUUCGACCUGCUCGGGACGUACACACCAAACAACGGCGGCAGCGAGGACGCGCACGCGCGCCGGCGCCGCUGGGACGAGGCGUGCGCGGCGCUGCUGCAGCGGAGGGGAGGAGCCGCCGCCGCGCGGCCGCUCGUCUGGCUGGGAGACCUGAAUGUGGCGGCCGAGUGGGGGGAUGUGGGGCCCGACCCUGGCUGGUUCCGAGACAAGAACGGGCAGGGCGCGGCGCAUGCCGACGACCGCGGCCAGCCCGGCUUCACGCCCAACGAGCAGGCCCGCUUCCGCAGCCUGCUGGCCGCCGGGGGGCUGGUGGACGCCUAUCGCACGCUCCACCCGGUCGCCAACUGGGCGACGGACGUGACGUGGCGCGGCUGCGCCGGCAAGGACGGCCCCCCCGCCGCAGGCCGCUACUACGCAAAGGGGAUGCGAAUCGACUACGUGCUCGUCGACAGGAGGCUCGCGGGCAGCGUCGUGCGCGCCGAGGUGCUUGGCGGCGGGGCGGAGAGGCGCGGGUUUCUAGGGAGCGACCACUGCCCUCUUCUCGUGGAGCUGGCAGCGGGGGAGGAGGCGAAGGAGGGCGACGGAAGCCGCGCGGCGGAGGCGGGCCACGCGAGAGCAGCCUCUGCCACGGGGAGCGCCCCACAUGACGCCCGGCCCCUGGCGGACGGCGAUGGUCUUGGUGCCGGUGCGCGGUGGCCAGUCGGUUCUUCGUCGAGCUGACGAGACGUGAGACUGUUGAGAGAUGAGCCGAGAGCCGCGCGCGGUGCACAACAUGAUCAAUGUUACCCCUUAAAAUUAGUGAGUAUUAUUUAC